AUGGCAGACCCCACCCAAUCGCAUGGCCACGGAGCCCAGAAACUUCCUUCCCCGCCAAAUGUUCGCAGUCCACUCUCGCCAGGCAGCGGUAGCGGAACCCCGAUCUCAUUCCAAACAAACGUGAAUCGCUCCAAGACCAAACGAUGGGUGGAAGCGAAACAAUAUUCUUACGACGGAGGCGACUGGGGUAGUGACGAUGACGAUGAAGAGGAGGAGGAGGAGGCGCCUCCCGCAGUACAUCGCCCCCCAUAUGCUACCCACAACGCUGGCAGUUCGUCCGAGUUGUCCUCGAGGCGUUUGUCGGGCAUCGGAUUCGGAGCCGGGGCCGGAGAGUCAGCUUUGGCUGACGGAAAAGGUAGGAGCGUUAGUGGAGGAGACCAAAAGGCGCUUCCUUUUGUAAGGCCGGCCGACCUCUAUAAACGGAUGCGUGAGGAGAAGGCGACACAGCAGUCUCCUAUCACUGGUAGCAAUGAUCCCAAGUCUGACGGGGUUGGAGUUCCACCUCAAACAAACCAGGAGAACCAUGAUUUGGGUCUACCGGAAGUCAAGCGCAUGUCUAGCUUCGGUGCCGAUUUCUUGGGUGGUGCAGAGUCCAACCCGUCAAAGGAUAGCUCUGCAUCUGAGGAGCCCUCUUCGCACCACAACCCCUCCCCGGGAUUCCGAUCGGUAGUGAAUCAGGCCUUCGAUGUCCCAGAAACUCCACAAUCCACUACCACUAGUGUUGCGCGGUCGAACAGUGAUGGCACUUCGACGAUCAGCCCUAUCAUAGGCGGUCGUACUAUGACUGACGAAAGAACACCCACCAUUCUCGAGGAGCCUAAUGAGUCGAGCUCUCCGAAGGCAACUGCGAAUGCGGUUCCAGGGUUUAACCCUGGUCAUCGCCGGGACCUGAGCCUUCCGAGUUCGGACAACAGUCCUUCGAGGAAACCUCAAGUCACCGACCAGGACACCCCAAUCGCGGGCCAUGCAGAAUUGUCCUCCAUUCCUCCAGUCCUGAAUCCCUCUCCAGAAUCACCUGAUAAGGGAGACUCUCAGAAGCCAUCGAUGCAUUCGUACUCGAACAAUGGGCAGGAUAUGCCUGCCCCUCUCAAAUUCGGAAGCACGUCAGGCUCUGACACCUUCCAUGGCGAAAUCCCCACCAUCAUGGGGGCCGAAGAAUCGCCACAGAAUACUGACAAUGAUCGCUUGAGAGAAGAGAUUAUCCGAUCAUUAAGCCGGGAAGCCACACCCUCGGACGACCCGGAGCCCAGCAACCAACCUCAAUCGCAGGCACCCGCUGAGUCUGUCCCGCAACACACUAUGGCUUCUGAAAGCCACCCAGACUGGACUAGCCCGCCUCCUUUGGUGUCCCAAGACCCUCAUGUGACCAAUCAAGGCGCGGCUGGUAUCUCUUCAUCUACGAUCGUCGAUCAGCCAAAGAAGCCGAAGUUAGAAAGACGGUUCUCAUGGGAAUCCUCCGAUUCAUCAGAACCAGAGCCGCCUCAAAUGCCCGGCACCUAUUCAUCGCCCCUUCCUUUAGCCACAUCGUUAUCUACACAAGAGCCUGAGCCUAUACCUGAGGAGUCCGCCCCAUUGGUGUCGGACGUGUCGCCCGAGCCGCUUGCUUCUGAUGAUGAAGCGCGCGGUAGUCAGCGUGCUGUGGAAAGACCUCGACUUUCGAUUGUUCCGCCUAUUCCGGAGAACAUUACUCCACCGGAGCAAGUUAUGGGACCAGGGGCUACGCCACCCCCGCAACUCCAAGUCCUUUCUAACGCUGGUACCUCGUCCCUUGAUGAGUCUAAACUUUUGGGCUUCCGUGACAUUCUCGGUAUCACAUCUAUCAACCAGCGUAUCAAGUCUUUCGAACACACCCGCGACCAGUUCGCCACCAUUGACACUGGUUUGAAUCAUUGGCUACAGUUCACAGUCCAUGACCACCCCGAGCAUGCCGAUGUGGUCCAACAGAGCCAGAAUCUCUCCCCUACCGUGCCACCAUCAGAUCUUUCCCGCAGCAGAUUCAAGUUGGGGGCUCUUUCGAAUCUCGGUUCCAUGAAUGACGGUACUCCGACUAACGCCACUCAUGUCCGACGCCCGUCGGGCCAUCUGGGCACCGUGAUGAACAAGGAUAAAGUCGGAGAGAAAGGGAAGGAACUCCUUCACACUGCGGGAGCGUUUAGUGGCAAGGCAACCGGGGCAGCCAAGGGGCUGUUUGCCAAGGGUAGAAGCAGAUUCCGACCCAGUGGAGGUUCUGAGAAGGUUCAGUCAACUCCAAAUGCUUCUCGCCGCAGCUUUCAGUUCUCCUUCCCUUCAGGGUCGGGUGAAGUGUCUGGUAAUUCUUCUCUGCGAAACUCUCUCACAUUUGGCAGUCUGCCCAUCUUCAAAUCCGAGCGAACUAGGCUCAACUCUGAUCCUGAUCCACCGGUCAGCUUCUGUCUAGAUGGUCCACAGGGUGAACAAUAUGCCGGCAAACGUGUCGAGGCGAUCAAAUCGGGGAAUAACAACCUGUCGCACAACCGUGUUGGCAAAACGACUGUGCAACCGGAGCAACUGUCAUCUUCCAACGGCAUCCCUCCUAAACCUGAAGAUCCCGGAAAGUCUGCCUUGGCUGGAGAUUUGGAGCAGGAGAUGAUAGCUGCGCUUGGUCUUUCGCCCACAGAUUCUCAUUCUCGAAGGGCGGCGAGUACCCCGAUGGCGUUGAAUUCAUUUAGCCAGGCAAAUGGCGGCAAACAGCGAUUCACAGAGCCACUGCCGCAACAGGGAGAAAGCACGAUUGGCAAUCCAUCCGAUGCUCAAGCGCUGGCGAACAAAGACCCAGUCGCAGAAAAGGGUUUGCUAGUCAUUCCUGAUGAGCCUUUUCACGUCCCUCCUCCGGUUGGGAACAAUGAGAGUCAUCAGCCAAGCAAGCCCACACCAGAGGUUGUUACUCCGUCAAUCCGCCCAGUGCUUGAUAAAAGUCCUAAGCCUCCUUCGCCUCCUCCCAAGGAUAAUGAUCAUGGGCUUGCACCUAGCCAGGGUCAUAGACGCCAGCCCUCUGUCUCGACACUCGGGCCUGACGAGCAAGCGGGACGUACAUCUAAUGAAGAACUUGACAGGGAUCCACCGUCUCCUUUGCAAGAGACAGCAAACAAGGUAGUACCAGAACCCCGGUAUAAAACCAAGUUUGAGCGUUCUGCGGAUGAUGCUCCUGGUGGCUCCCUGUCAUCUGCUCAAAGGAAAAGAAGGCCUUUCAUACCUUUCUAUCCGUCAGAGUUCACAAGCUCUGCUGAGGUCCUCGAAUCCAAAAGAAAAUCGAUAAGCGGCUUACCUCCAUCCGCUCCAGAUGUGCAUAGCCCCUUGAGAAACGAAGUCAGAUACUCGCCGGGAACCCGAAGCAGUAUGUUGAGCUUUGGUAGCUUCGGAAAGCAGAGUGCCAACGGCAAAGGGACUCGCCCCUCCACACCUGCUAACGGUCUUCCGCAACCUUCGGAAUCGGGGUCUCCUGCAGGGAAUGGGGAGUCCACUAUUGGAAAACUGAAGGAGUUCGGGAGGCGACGACGCGCUUCAGUUGGAGACCUCCUGUCUGGUAUUCAACUGCAAGGGCCUCAGCCACCCCAAGGAGGCCAGCGGAAACGAACAUUCAGCAGGAUUAGCGUACUAUUUGGCCGGCAAGACUCUCAAGAUCCUGAAAGAAAAUCAAACGACCACGCAAGGACUACAUCAGAGCAGUUGCAGAACAAAUAUCUGCCGACACGCCAGUCGACAAAUGGAAAUGCAAAUACUAGUUUCGCUGCGCAUGAUGGACCACCGGUCCUCAGCAAUCCGUUUGAACAAAAGCCCUUGCCGACUCAACCCCCGAAGACUAGGGCACCACCACCACCAAGCAAGCCAAACCCUCUAGCACGUGAUGAUCAUCAAAGUGCCAGUAUAUCACUUCCAUCUGUAUCAGUUCCAUCCAGUUCGUCAUCGAACUCCCUCGCGACUGGUCGGUUUUACUCGCAGUUUCGGUCUGGAUUGAUGAAUGAAAACCCCACUUGCUCUCGUCAUGCUAGCACACUCAGUCAGCUUCUCCCUGAUCAUUCCCGGUCGCCUUCUCCCAUGUCAUUCCAGGAAAAUAGAGCUGCACACUCACCGUCACCUCUAGAGGACUUGCAAGACCACCACAUACAUCAACCGCAGAAAGGGGAGCAGCACAAGAAGAAGGCCCAGCAAGACCAAAACAAAGACGCGCAGCUAGGCACCCUGAGCGAGAACCAUGAAAAGGAGGAGCAUGAGGAGCACAAGGAUCACAUGCUAGGGGAGAUCCUUCAAAACGGACUGUAUGGGGAGAUAUCCGAGGCCCCGACAGACAAGCAGAACCAGCCAGGACAAAAAGAUGAAUUGCAAGACAAUCUCAAACAACAAAGCCUGGCUCCUCAGCUCAGCAUCCGAUCCCGAAAGCCAGUGGUUUCAGACUCGACAUCCCCAGCAUCCGAGAAUCAUGUACCCCGCAACAUCGCCGUCUCGAACGACUCCGCGAUAUCCGCGCAUCCUCACCGCACUGAGGGCGAGGCCCGUGUCGUCAACAACCCGCCUCAUCCAGUAGAGCUUGCCAUCACCGCGGAUGACUCCAGCGAGGAGAUCGUCAUGUCCCCCACGUCCUAUCCCGGACAGGAAUGGACGCCCAUGCAUUUGUAG